AUGCAUUUUUCAAAAGAACCACACAGGCUGCUGAGCGCUGGAAAAAUCCAGGAAAGUUCAAAAACUGAAUUCUUGUCAACAGCAAAAAUGGAAGACAAAGAAAAUGCCAGCAUAUCUCCCAGGAUAUGGAACGAAGGAGACAGUAUACUUGAAAACACUUUUGUUUCCCCUAAAAACUUAGAUUCCCAUGUAUUGAAACAAAUUAAAACAGAUACAAAUAGUAAUUCUCCAAACAAAACAACACUAGCAGAUACUGAAUCUGUAGCAGUAAAAUCCAAGGUUGUGUCAUUUACUCAGACCUUUCUACAGAAAGCAAAUGGAAAGAAACAGAUAAAAGCAGAUGUCUCCGAUUCUGUUCCAUGCAUCUCAGAUAAACGUAUACUUGGCUCAUAUCGUGGCAAAAUAGUUUCUUCUAAGGUAAAUUCCUUCAGAAAAGUUCCAGCAAAUGAGCCUAGAAAUUUUCCUGCUCUGCCUAAAUCAAGUGUAAAAUCAGCCACAAAUAAUACAACCAUAAGGGAUGCUAAAGUCACUGGCAAUGCUUGUGCUCCUAAGGUCCUAAAUUCCACCCCUUUUCAGACCAGUACUGUGAGAGUUUCUGUUUAUCAUCCCAAAACUAUUCUGAAUCAAGAGAAACAAUCUAUUAGUGGUGGCCCAGAGAAUACUGGGACAACCCAAAAGAACUGUUUCAGCAAUCGGAAAUCACUAUUAAAGACUGUUCCAAUCAAUGCUAAUGAUCCUGUCCCGAGGACAAAGAAACUUGCUUCAUCUAAAACUGUUAGUGGAAGCCUAAAAGUGCCACUUCCCGAAGCUAUGUCAGCUUCAAAAUCAAAAGCUCAGUCAUCUCUAGAUAUGAGAAGAGUUCAGCUAGCUGAAUGGCAGGCUUCAAAAGGGAUAAAGAAGGCACAUAACACCAUACCUGCAAAAAGCCAGCCUAAAACAACAAGUCAGCAAACUAUAAAAGAACCAGCUGAAUGCUUUUGGGCUAGCCUCGCUGAAGAAGAUGAACAAAAUCUGCUUAGUGAUAAGAUCAACAAGACACUUGCAGAAUGUUUGAAUCUCAUUGAAAAGGGCUUUGUAGGUGAAACAGUAUAUUCCAUUUUGGAAAACCUGAUAGUGAAAAUACCAGAAGCAAAAAAGUUUGCGAAGUAUUGGGUGUGUCAGAUGCGUCUUGAACAGUUUCGCUCCACAGAAAAAGUAAUAACUAUUUAUGAAAACGCAAUUCUUGCAGGAGCGCAGCCUAAGGAUGAGCUGCGUCAUACAUUUGCGGACGUUAUAAAGGCUAGACUAGAUCUGCCAAAAACUGAUGAAUAUAUUUUUUCAGAAUGUGUGAAGGAAGAAAACACAGAAAAUCCUGUGGGACCAGCUGAAAAAGAGAUUGAAGAGGCUUUCAAGGAAGUCGGUUUGAAUAACGAGGUAGAGCAUAGUAAUGAAGCUUUUCAAGAAUCAACAGAAAUUUGCUCAAAAAUCAAAGAAGAAUGUUGUAAGGAAAAAAAGAACAAAAGUAAAGAACAAAUGCAGAAAGACUUAAAAAAUGAAGAAACUGCUACCAAUGCUGAGAAUGAUAGAAUCCUAGAGAUUAAGACUCCUGAAAAUGAAAAAAGCUCAUAUUUAAUAAAAUAUAAUUUGUCAACAACUUCCCACUUAGAAAGCACAAAAAAAAGGCUGCAGUGUGGUGAUUCUACAAUUAAAAAUCUGAAAUUCCUAACACCUGUGAGACGGUCCUGUCGCAUUCAGGAAAAAGGAAAUAGAUUACCAAGUAUGCUGAAAGAACAUAGUCCUUGUGUGUCUUCGCUUGAACAGCUUGGAGAAUUCGGAGAUGAAGGCACAGGUUUCAUCUACAGACCAAACAAUGCACUGCAAACUGUUAACACUGCAACUAUCAGUCAACAGGAGCAAAACAGAGAAUGAAAGCAUAUGUUUUUCAUUUAAGCUGGUUAACUCAGUGCAGGUGUUAAAUACCCAUAGUUUAGCUAACUUUUUAUUUAGCUUUACUGUACUAAAUAAACAAAACAUCUAAUAUGGGAAGGAUUGCUAUGCUUUAACAUGUAAAAGAGAUAAAUGUAUAACAGUCUUACCAUUAAUGACACUAAACUACCGUAUUUUUCAAAGUAUAAGAUGCACCUUUUUUUCUCAAAAAGGCUCAAAAUCUAGGUGCCUAUUCUACACUGACUACAGCAUUUUUUCUCUAUCUCUUUGUAUCUCUCUAGCCCUCUACCUACCUA